CCCGGCCCCGCGGGCGACCCCGGCCCCACGGUCCCGAGAGCCUGCGCCCUCCUCUAGGGCCCGGCCGACCGGCGGCCCGGUUGUUGGGUGCAUUGACGCAAGUUGACUUUUAUGCAAGUAACUGCAGCCAUGACCAAGUGGUAGGAGCAGCAUCCUGGACCUUGGAGCCAGUUCAGCAUGACGGAAGAAGCAUGCCGGACACGGAGUCAGAAACGCACGCUUGAACGGGACCCGGCAGAGGACGAUGCGGAGAGCAAGAAAAUAAAGAUGGAGAGAGGCUUGUUGGCUUCAGACUUCAACACUGACGGAGCCUCGAGGGUCACACCUGAACCGGGAGCGGGCCCAGCCCCAGCACUGCUGAGGGCACCAGAAGUGACUGUGUCUGGCCGAGGUGAAGGGCCAGCUGGCGACGGGCCUGUGGAUAUGCGCACCUCGCACAGUGACGUGAAGUCCGAGAGGAGGCCGCCCUCACCCGACGUGAUCGUGCUCUCCGACAACGAGCAGCCCGCGAGCCCGCGUGUGAAUGGGCUGACCAAGGUGGCCUUGAAGGAGACCAGCACCGAGGCCCUUCUGAAGAGCAGCCCCGAGGAACGAGAAAGGAUGAUCAAGCAGCUGCAGGAGGAGCUGCGGUUGGAAGAAGCAAAGCUCGUGCUGUUGAAGAAGCUGCGCCAGAGUCAGACACAGAAGGAAGCCCCCGCCCAGAAGCCCGUAGGCUCCACCGGGAGCGCUGUGACCACCCCUCCCCCGCUCGUGCGGGGCACCCAGAACAUUCCCGCAGGCAAGCCAUCCCUUCAGACCUCCACGCGGAUGCCCGGCAGCGUGAUCCCACCGCCCCUGGUUCGGGGCGGGCAGCAGGCGUCCUCGAAGCUGGGGCCGCAGGCGAGCUCCCAGGUCGUCAUGCCCCCCCUCGUCAGAGGGGCCCAGCAAAUCCACACCAUCAGACAACAUUCCAGCAGCGGGCCGCCGCCCCUCCUCCUGGCCCCUCGGGCCUCCGUGCCCAGCGUGCAGAUCCAGGGCCAGCGGAUCAUCCAGCAGGGACUCAUCCGUGUGGCCAACGUCCCCAAUACCAGCCUGCUGGUGAACAUCCCACAGCCCACCCCGGCAUCGCUGAAGGGGACGUCGGCCGCCUCCGCUCAGGCCAACUCCACGCCCACCAGCGUGGCGUCGGUGGUCACGUCCGCUGAGUCUCCGGCCAGCCGGCAGGCGGCUGCCAAGCUCGCGCUCCGCAAACAGCUGGAGAAGACGCUGCUCGAGAUCCCCCCGCCCAAGCCCCCCGCGCCGGAGAUGAACUUCCUGCCCAGCGCCGCCAACAACGAGUUCAUCUACCUGGUGGGCCUGGAGGAGGUGGUGCAGAACCUGCUGGAGACCCAAGCAGGCAGGGUGCCGGCCGCUGUCGCCGUGUCCCGGGAGCCCUACAUGUGCGCGCAGUGUAAGACGGACUUCACCUGCCGCUGGCGCGAGGAGAAGGGCGGGGCCGUCAUGUGCGAGAGCUGCAUGACGUCCAACCAGAAGAAGGCGCUCAAGGUGGAGCACACGAGCCGGCUCAAGGCCGCCUUCGUGAAGGCCCUGCAGCAGGAGCAGGAGAUGGAGCAGCGGCUGCUGCAGCAGGGCGCCAGCCCCGCGCCGGCCAAGGCCGAGCCCACCCUGAAGCAGGUCGUAAAGCCCCGGCGUAAGUUGGCGUUCCGCUCGGGAGAGGCCCGCGACUGGAGUAACGGGGCCGUGCUACAGGCCUCCAGCCAGCUGUCCCGGGGCUCGGCCGCAGCAGCCCGCGGCGUCCUGCACACGUUCAGCCCGUCACCGAAGCUGCAGAACGCAGCCUCCGCCGCGGCCCCGGUCAGCAGGGCCGGCAGACAUUCCGAGAGAGCCACGGGCACCGGCAAGGGCAGCGCCCCCUCCAACUGGAAGAAGUCGGCCCUCAGCACAGGCGGGACCCUCACGUUUGUGAGCCCGGGCUUGGUGCACAAGACGUCCUCGGCCGUGGACCGCCAGCGAGAGUACCUCCUGGACAUGAUCCCGCCGCGCUCCAUCCCCCAGUCGGCCACGUGGAAGUAGUGCCAGGCCCGGUAGAGGGCAGCUCCCUGCUCCGGCCCGCGGGCCCCCUCCGCUCGCUCAGGAAGACACCAGGCUCGCCCGGAGAGCAGGCGCCGG